AUGGCUGUAUUUUUAUCAGGUCUAAGGAGUUUGUAUCUCAUUUUUUACAAUUGGAUUGUCUUUUUUGGAUGGUUUCAAGUGUUUUAUUUUGGUGUGAAAACUCUGAAAGAAUAUGUCUAUGAUGCUGUGGAAAAGGCACUGCUUUUUGCUCAGACUACUGCUCUUAUGGUCCGGAAUCAUAUACUUUUUAGUUCUCUAGUUAUUAGCUGGUCUAUUACAGAGAUUAUUCGAUGCUCAUUUUUUGGCACAAAGGAGGCAUUUGGUUCUGCACCUUAUUGGCUAUUGUGGCUAAGGACAGCAAGAGCUAUGAUUGACGAGACGAUGUUUGUGAAAAUGCAGGCUGUCCUCACCUGUAUAGUUACAUGCUUGGGCAGAGAAAGAAAGCACUCUCUAAUCCAAAAAAGCAUAGGACACAGGCGGAGUCUGGAAGAUUAUUGA